AUGUCCGACAACGACGAUAUCAUUGAAAUUAAUGAACCUGCUGCUACUGCUGAUGGUAUGUAUUUAGGAAGAGUCCAGGCUUUAGUACGUUUCGACGUGAGUAUUCCUGGUGACGUAUCUAACAACGGUAGCACUACGAAGAGUGGUGACGGCGGCCAGAAAACUAACAUCAAUGGACGCAAAAGUAUACCAAAUGUGGCAGCCAGACGAGAACCAUACCGUACACCCAACAUAACACCGGUGUUUAAUACGAUGCCAGCACCAUCAAGUAGCAUCAAUGAUUGUGGUGGUACUACAGACGAUCGUAGACGUGGUGUUCAAGACGGUGAACGUAAUAAUAACGAAGGUGUAUUUUCUUUUGACAUAUUUAUUCGUUCAUUUUCUUCUCACUUAUUCUUAUGA